AAAAGUGAGUCCCUGCCUUCCCUCUCUCUGUCUGGCUCCUCCCAGGCCUGUCUGGCAGGGGCCGGGGUGCAGGAGGAGGAGGCGGCCUCCAGUACAGAGGGGCUGGACUUGGACCCCUGCAGCAGCACCGCACAGGAGAAGCGGCAUAUAAAGCCGCACUGCCCGGGAGCCGCUCGGCCACGUCCACCGGAGCGUCCUGCACGGCGGGGCCGGUCUCUCGCUCCGGCAGAGCCUGAGCCUUUCGGACCCAGUCCGGAACACUGAAAUCAGUCAUCCCUGCAUCUUUUUAGCAAACCAGGAGCUAAACUGCAGGAGGCAGGAUGGUCUGGGGGCUGGUCCUGCUGGCUCUGUGGGUGUGGCCCAGCACACAAGCUGGUCACCAGGACAAAGGCACGACCUUCGACCUUUUCAGUAUCAGCAACAUCAACCGCAAGACCAUUGGCGCCAAGCAGUUCCGCGGGCCCGACCCCGGCGUGCCGGCUUACCGCUUCGUGCGCUUCGACUACAUCCCGCCGGUGAACGCAGAGGACCUCAGCAAGAUCACCAGGAUCAUGCGGCAGAAGGAGGGCUUCUUCCUCACGGCCCAGCUCAAGCAGGACGGCAAGUCCAGGGGCACGCUGCUGGCUCUGGAGGGCCCCGGUCUCUCCCAGAGGCAGUUCGAGAUCGUCUCCAAUGGCCCGGGGGACACGCUGGACCUCAUCUACUGGAUCGACGGCACCCGGCACGUGGUCUCCCUGGAGGACGUGGGCCUGGCUGACUCGCAGUGGAAGAACGUCACCGUGCAGGUGGCUGGAGAGACCUACAGCCUGCACGUGGGCUGCGACCUCAUAGACAGCUUCGCUCUGGACGAGCCCUUCUACGAGCACCUGCAGGCGGAAAAGAGCCGGAUGUACGUGGCCAAAGGCUCUGCCAGAGAGAGUCACUUCAGGGGUUUGCUUCAGAAUGUCCACCUCGUGUUUGAGAACUCUGUGGAAGAUAUUCUAAGCAAGAAGGGUUGCCAGCAAGGCCAGGGAGCUGAGAUCAACGCCAUCAGUGAGAACACGGAGACACUGCGCCUGGGUCCGCACGUCACCACCGAGUACGUGGGCCCCAGCUCGGAGAGGAGGCCCGAGGUGUGCGAACGCUCCUGCGAGGAGCUGGGGAACAUGGUCCAGGAGCUUUCCGGGCUCCACGUCCUCGUGAACCAGCUCAGCGAGAACCUCAAGAGAGUGUCGAACGAUAACCAGUUUCUCUGGGAGCUCAUUGGUGGCCCUCCUAAGACAAGGAACAUGUCAGCUUGCUGGCAGGAUGGCCGGUUCUUUGCGGAAAAUGAGACGUGGGUGGUGGACAGCUGCACCACGUGUACCUGCAAGAAAUUUAAAACCAUUUGCCACCAAAUCACCUGCCCGCCCGCGACCUGCGCCAGCCCGUCCUUCGUGGAAGGCGAAUGCUGCCCCUCCUGCCUCCACUCGGUGGACGGUGAGGAGGGCUGGUCUCCGUGGUGCUGCACCUUCUCCCACCCAGAUGGCUGUUUAUCCAACCCCUGCUUCCCGGGAGCCCAGUGCAGCAGCUUCCCCGAUGGGUCCUGGUCGUGCGGCUCCUGCCCUGUGGGCUUCUUGGGUAAUGGCACCCACUGUGAGGACCUGGACGAGUGUGCCCUGGUCCCCGACAUCUGCUUCUCCACCAGCAAGGUGCCUCGCUGUGUCAACACUCAGCCCGGCUUCCACUGCCUGCCCUGCCCACCCCGAUACAGAGGGAGCCAGCCCACUGGGGUUGGCCUGGAGGCAGCCAAGACGGAAAAGCAAGUGUGUGAGCCCGAAAACCCAUGCAAGGACAAGACACACAACUGCCACAAGCACGCGGAGUGCAUCUACCUGGGCCACUUCAGCGACCCCAUGUACAAGUGCGAGUGCCAGACAGGCUACGCGGGCGACGGGCUCAUCUGCGGGGAGGACUCGGACCUGGACGGCUGGCCCAACCUCAACCUGGUCUGCGCCACCAACGCCACCUACCACUGCAUCAAGGAUAACUGCCCCCAUCUGCCAAAUUCUGGGCAGGAAGACUUUGACAAGGACGGGAUUGGCGAUGCCUGUGAUGAUGACGACGACAAUGAUGGUGUGACCGAUGAGAAGGACAACUGCCAGCUCCUCUUCAAUCCCCGCCAGGCUGACUACGACAAGGAUGAGGUUGGGGACCGCUGUGACAACUGUCCUUACGUGCACAACCCCGCCCAGAUCGACACAGACAACAACGGAGAGGGUGACGCCUGCUCCGUGGACAUUGACGGGGACGAUGUCUUCAAUGAACGAGACAAUUGUCCCUACGUCUACAACACUGACCAGAGGGACACGGACGGUGACGGUGUGGGGGAUCACUGUGACAACUGCCCCCUGGUGCACAACCCCGACCAGACCGACAUGGACAACGACCUCGUCGGGGACCAGUGUGACAACAACGAGGACAUAGAUGACGACGGCCACCAGAACAACCAGGACAACUGCCCCUACAUCUCCAACGCCAACCAGGCCGACCAUGACAACGACGGCCAAGGUGACGCCUGCGAUCACGAUGAUGACAACGAUGGUGUCCCCGACGACAGGGACAACUGCCGGCUUGUGUUCAACCCAGACCAGGAGGACUUGGAUGGUGAUGGACGGGGUGAUAUUUGUAAAGAUGAUUUUGACAAUGACAACGUCCCAGAUAUUGAUGAUGUGUGUCCUGAAAAUAAUGCCAUCAGUGAGACAGACUUCAGGAACUUCCAGAUGGUCCCCUUGGAUCCCAAAGGGACCACCCAAAUUGAUCCCAACUGGGUCAUUCGCCAUCAAGGCAAGGAGCUGGUUCAGACGGCCAACUCGGACCCCGGCAUCGCUGUAGGUUUUGACGAGUUUGGGUCCGUGGACUUCAGUGGCACGUUCUAUGUAAACACUGACCGGGAUGACGACUAUGCCGGCUUCGUCUUCGGGUACCAGUCAAGCAGCCGCUUCUACGUGGUGAUGUGGAAGCAGGUGACGCAGACCUACUGGGAGGACCAGCCGACGCGGGCCUAUGGCUACUCCGGCGUGUCCCUCAAGGUGGUGAACUCCACCACGGGGACGGGCGAGCACCUGAGGAACGCGCUGUGGCACACGGGGAACACACCGGGGCAGGUGCGAACCUUAUGGCACGACCCCAAGAACAUUGGCUGGAAGGACUACACGGCCUACAGGUGGCACCUGACUCACAGGCCCAAGACUGGCUACAUCAGAGUCUUAGUGCAUGAAGGAAAACAGGUCAUGGCAGACUCAGGACCUAUCUAUGACCAAACCUACGCUGGCGGGCGGCUGGGUCUAUUUGUCUUCUCUCAAGAAAUGGUCUAUUUCUCAGACCUCAAGUACGAAUGCAGAGCAGCAUCUCCUGUCCUUUGACCUUAACUCUGACGGCUCCUCACCUCUUGCCAGCAAACCCAAACCCAAGUGCCUUCAGAGGAUAAAUAUCAGUGGAACUUAGAGAUGAACAUCUAGCCCACUAGAGGAAACCAGUUUGGUGAUAUACGAGACUUUAUGUGGAGUGAAAAUUGGGCAUGCCAUUACAUUGCUUUUUCUUGUUUGUUUAAAAAGAAUGACGUUUACAUAUAAAAUGUAAUUACUUAUUGUAUUUAUGUGUAUAUGGAGUUGAAGGGAAUAUUGUGCAUAAGCCAUUAUGAUAAAUUAAGCAUGAAAAAUAUUGCUGAACUACUUUUGGUGCUUAAAGUUGUCACUAUUCUUGAAUUAGAGCUGCUCUACAAUGACACACAAAUCCCAUUAAAUCAAUUAUAAAGAAGGUUCAAUUCAAAUUUGAAGUAAUGUUAUAAUAAGGAGAGAUUAGAAGACAACAGGCAUAGCAAAUGACAUAAGCUACCAAUUAACUAAUUGGAACAUGUAAAAUAGUUGUAAAAAUAAACGAACUCUCCUCUUGUCCUACAAUGAAAGCCCUCAUGUGCAGUAGAGAUGCAGUUUCAUCAAAGAACAAAUAUCCUUGCAAAAUGGGUGUGACGCGGUUCCAGAUGUGGAUUUGGCAAAACCUCAUUUAAGUAAAAGGUUAGCAGAGCAAAGUGCUGCGCUUCAGCUGCUGCUUGUGCCGCUGUGGUGUCGGGGAGGCUCCUGCCUGAGCUUCCUUCCCCAACUUUGCUGCCUGAGAGGAGGCAGAGCAGACGCACAGGCUGGAAAAGGCACAUCUAACUCAUAUCUAGGCUUUGGUAACUGUAGACAAGUUGCUUUUACCUAAUUUGAUAAUACAUUUCAUUAAGGUUCCAGUUAUAAAUGUUGUUAAUAUUUAUUAAAUGAAUAUAGAAUGCAGCUCCACUUACCAAUAACUUAUUUUAAAUAUGCCUAGUAACACAUAUGUAGCAUAAUUUCUAGAAACAAACAUCUAACAAGUAUAUAAUCCUGUGAAAAUAUGAGGCUUUAUAAUAUUAGGUUGUCAUGAUGAAGCAUGCUAGAAGCUGUAACAGAAUAAAUAGAGAAUAAUAAGGAGUUUAUGACGGAACCUUAAUAUAUAAUGUUGCCAGUGAUUUUAGUUCAAUAUUUGUUACUGUUAUCUAUCUGCUGUAUAUGGAAUUCUUUUAAUUCAAACGCUGAAAACGAAUCAGUAUUUAGUCUUACCAGGCACACCCAGUAAUCAGUCAUGUGUGAUAUGCACAAGUUUGUUUUUGUUUUUUGUUUGUUGGUUUUUUUUUUUCCUUUAAGUUGCAUGAUCUUUCUGCAGGAAAUAGUCGCUCAUCCCACUCCACGUAAGGGGUUUAGUAAGAGAAGUCUGUCUAUCUGAUAGGGGGCAAAUCUUUUUCCCCUUUCUGUUAAUAGUCAUCACAUUUCUAUGCCAAAUGGGAACGAUCCAUAACUUUAGUCUUAAUGUACACAUUGCAUUUUGAUAAAAUUAUUUUUGUUGUUUCCUUUGAGGUUGAUCGUUGUAUUGUUGUUUUGCUGCACUUUUUACUUUUUUGUGUGGAGCUGUAUUCCCGAGACCAACGAAGCGUUGGGAGACUUCAUUAAAUGUAGCGACUGUCAACAGCGUGCAGGUUUUCUGUUUCCGUGUUGUGGGGUCAACCGUACAAUGGUGUGGGAAUGAUGAUGAUGUGAAUAUUUAGAAUGUACCAUAUUUUUUGUAAGUUAUUUAUGUUUUUCUAAACAAAUUUAUCCUAUAGGUUGAUGAAACGUCAUGUGUUUUGCCAAAGACUGUAAAUAUUUAUUUAUGUGUUCACAUGGUCAAAAUUUCACCACUGAAACCCUACACUUAGCUAGAACCUCAUUUUUAAAGAUUAACAACAGGAAAUAAAUUGUAAAAAAGGUUUUCUAUA